AUGUCUGACACAACCCCUGUAAAUUCCGAGGAAGGGAGGACGCUUUCAGAGAUCAUUGAAAAGGAGAAAAAUGACGAAGUCUACCAUAGCCAACCAAACUUUGAAGAGAUAUCGCUCUUUCGUGAGUGCAUUUUCGUGUUCUUUAUGUGCGCUUCGCAGUUGUUGACGCAGGCAGCGUCCUCGCAGACCAUGCCCACCAUGUUGCAGAUAGGCGAGUCCUUUGGCGUCAACAACAAACCGGGCGAGGUUUCGUGGUUCUCAGCAGCGUUUUCGCUCACCGUGGGCACCUUUAUAAUGGUCAGCGGGAGGCUAGGCGAUAUGUACGGCUAUAAAACCUUGUACAUCAUCGGGUACAUUUGGUUUGCGGUAUUCUCCUUGUUGUGCGGAUUUGCAGGAAUGACCAAAUCCGUGGUCUUUUUCACUGCCAUGCGGGGACUUCAAGGGGUAGGGCCUGCCAUAAUGAUGCCCAAUUCGCAAGCACUCAUUGGAAAUUUCUACCCCAACAUUUUCCGCAAAAAUUUGUGCUUUGCGUUAUUUGGCGCUGUUGCCCCUACUGGCUUUAUCAUUGGUGCUCUAUUCAGUGCCAUGUUUGCCGAUAUAGCGUGGUGGCCGUGGACUUUUUGGACGUGUGGAAUCGUGAGUUUUGUCUUUGCGCUUUUAGCAUUCUUUGUGAUACCAAACAAGAUUGGUCGCAAGUCAGGCGGCAAGUUUGACUAUUUGGGAUCCAUAACUGGGGUGAGUGGGUUGGUAUUGAUCAAUUUCUCGUUCAACCAGGGCCCAAACGUCGGGUGGGACGUGGUGUACGUCUAUGUCCUACUCAUUGUUGGGUUCGCACUAAUGUGCCUUUUCUAUUCUAUAGAAAAGCGUGUUGAGGAUCCGUUGGUUCCGCCAGAGGUGUUGAAAGGAGACACGGGUUUCAUUCUUGCGUGCAUCAGUGCCGGCUGGUCUUGCUUUGGGGUGUGGCUAUAUUAUAUGUUCCGAUGGUCGUUGCUCGUGGAUCACCAUAGUGCCGUCAUGGCAGCUGUCGAAAAUAUAACCGCUAGCCCCAUGGGUCUCAUUGCCGCCGUGGGGUGUGCCGUUUUGCUCACCAAAGUGCCAUCGGCGCUUGUGAUGCUAUUCGCAAUGGUUGCCUUUCUCGUUGGGGUGAUCAUCAUGGGCACAAGACCGGUGGGCCAGAUCUACUGGGCUCAAAAAUUUGUCAGCUUGAUUGUCCAGCCAUUGGGGAUGGACAUGUCGUUCCCGGCUGCUGUUAUUCUAUUGAGUGCUGCUUUGCCAAGACACCAGCAAGGGAUUGCUGGUUCUUUGGUGUCCACGUUUGUCAAUUACUCGAUUUCGAUAGGUUUGGGUUUUGCAGGCACGGUGGAGUACUACACCACAAAGGACAAGAAGCAGUCUGAGUUCGACACCACCGUUUUGGGAAUGAGGAAUGCGUAUCGCAUGGGAAUGGGUCUAGCUGGGUUUGGAGUAGUUGUUGCUACAGUUUACUUGUUCAAGCAAUUGGGAUGGAGAAGGAAAGCAGUUUCGGAGAGCACCAGCAUUUCAGAGGACGAAAAGGGUGCUGAUGAACCUGGCACCGCGGAACAUGUAUAG